AUGGUAAUGAUGCGCUACGUGCUGUGUAGUUUGGUUCUUGUACUGUAUUGCGUUUGUGGAUCUGUGCUUGCCGUUGAAGGUGGAGUUGUUCAGGUUACUGGGGCACAUGUUGGUCCAAGUGCUUUGCAGGCUGGGGCUGAUCCUGGGCAAGAAGAAUUGCCGACAAUAACAAAUGGAGAGUGUACUGGUGAUCAAAAGGAAAAGGAGUCUUGCACAACACAACUCUCAGAGGCUUCGCAUCAAAAAGAUGACGAAAAGAGACGCCAAGAAACUUCCGUCACUAAACAUACGCAAACCACAUCAUCACUGGGACAUGAUCACUCCUCUCCUUCUGAUCGUGCUGAUCCCUUGACAGAAGAGCAGAGGAAAGAAACUGAAGAUGCGAGUAUAAAUAAAGGGACAGGUGGGCCGACUGGGAGAAAUGAGGAAACCAAAGAAACCGAGAACCAACAAAAAGGAAGUGGCACCUUACCUCAUUCUACAAGUCAAGAGAAAGAAAGCACACAGAGGAUUGUCGGGGAAAAUGGUAGGCAAGGUGGAAACGAUCCAGCCAGCAAUAAUGGACAUUAUCAAGAAGGUCAUCUCGCACAAUCUUCAUCCUCUGAAAACAGCACAAAUGGACCUUCUUCCGGUACUCCAGCCACAACUACUGCUGGACACUCAGAAACCACAAGGGCGGGGAAUGACACUACAGCGGCAGGGAGUGAGCCUUCAAAUAACACCGAGGAUGGAGGAAAUGCAGAGACAUCAUCAAAUAACUCAGCUAGUACGUACUCUAACACUUCCAAUACAGCCAAUAAUAAUGAAGAAUCAACCACCACCACUACUACCACAACAACAACAACACUUCCUCCUGAACUCACAAACAACAAGAAGGGUGAUGCAGACAGCAGCAGCAGUAUCAGCAGUUCUGUGUGGGUGCGUGUACCACUACUGAUUGUGGUUACACUG